AAGUCCCUAUUUUGACGCAAACUUUUUGAUAGUUAUUAAAUAAUUUCUAAAAGAGUAAUUAAGGUAAUCGUGCGCUACACUCUAUUACAAUGAUGUGUCCUGACGCAAGUGUACAAGUCGAAGAAAAUGCACUUAUUGAUAAAAAAUUAAACGCAAUAAACCUAGAAGUUAUAUCUAGAAUAGAAAAGGAAUUAGAAGUUUACGACUUGAUUUCACUUGUGUUCCUUCUCUACGACGUACCAGAUACAGCGUUGGACCGUCUAAUUAUACUACAACGAAUUUCUAGAGACAUUGAAGGAAGUCACAUGAAUUUAUUGUUCGACUGGGCUUUAAGCGCUCAAGGAAGACCUACUUGGCGUCAGCAAUUCUUAGAAGCCCUUACUGUGUGCCAACUAUACAAUGUCAUCAGGAAACUGGGCUUCAACGUUUCCACAAUAAAAAAACUUUACUCAUCAAAUGAAGAUAGUCCUCACAUCAAUCCUAUGAAAAAAGUGUUAUACCAACUUUGUGAAAACAUGACUUCUAAUACAUUUGAAAACUUUAAAAAGACUUUGGUUUCGUUUGAUAUGAAUGUAUUGCAGUAUGACACUUGUGAACUUGUCCUUUUGGAGCUUAUGAGUCAGAAGUUUAUAACUUUGAGGUUACUAAAUUUUGAGAGAAGUGUCCCUAGAUGUGAAUGUCAGAUUGAACAACUAGCGAAAAUAAUUGAUAGGGAACCUGAACUAAAAAGAUAUGCAACUAUAUUGAGAAGUACAGAAAGUAAGUUGAAUGUGAAACUUGAAUCUCCUUCAACUAGUGUUGAAAAACCAAAUUUAAAUAUAACAGAUAAUAAUACAGAAACUUGUGACUACAAUGAAGUUUUCAAUAUGAUUGAAAAGUUAAGUUUAGAAGAUAUUCCUAUUGAUCUGAAGUCGGAUAGACAACCUUCAAUAAAUUUGAAUGACAGGUAUAAAAUUACAAAUGAGAAGAGAGUGGGCAUAUGCUGCAUCAUAAACCAAGAAGUGUUUUACCCAUCUAAAGAAAGCAUGGAACAUGCUAAUGAGAAUGCACUGCCGAAACGUGAUGGCUCAACUAAAGAUAAAGUUAUGCUGGAAAAAACUAUGCGUGCCUUGAACUUUGAUAUUAUUACCAGAGAUAAUCUCAACAGAAAUGAAAUGAUAGCAUUUAUACAAGAAGUGUUAAAGAAAGUCUCAGCUGAAGAUAGUGUGUUUAUGCUUUGCAUACUUUCUCAUGGCAUUAGAGGAUGUGUGUAUGCAGCAGAUUCCAUACCAAUAAAAGUUGAUUAUAUUCAAAGCUUAGUGGAUGAAAAACAAUCUUUAAGAGGAAAACCGAAGGUCUUAAUCCUGCAGGCUUGCCAAGUUGUUGAUUCAACCUCACCAUUAGUUACUGACAGUCCUCAUAACAUGAGAAAGACAGACUUCUUAGUUUGCUGGGCAACAGCACCAGAAUUUGCCGCUUACAGGCAUCCUAGUGCUGGGUCUUUAUUCAUCCAAAUCUUAUGUGGGAUGAUUAAUGCUAGGGGUAAAAGGGAACAUUUCCUGGAUCUAUUCACUAUGGUCAAUGACAAGGUUGUUACAAUUUGUGCUUUGAAAGGAAUUGAACAAGCACCUAUUGUUAAUCAUACUUUGAGGAAAAAGUUAUAUUUACAAAUGUGUGGUUAAAAUGUAAAAUACUUGGCAGCAAAAAUAUUUCCAAUCAUUUUUCAAUUAUUAUAAAACUAUGUAGUAAUUUUGAGG